CGAAGCAGCUUCCAUCUUGAAUCUUGAUGGAGGAGCCCUGCAAUCCUCCUCCACCCACCCCCCGCCUUCAUCCUACUAGGGUUCAUUCCAUCCCCCAAACGUUAAGGUCCUCGUAGAUUAUUCGCCCAUGGGAAAUCCACUUUCAUCCCCCGCCAUUCUUCGAUUCCUCGACCAAACCCUUAUCCUCGAUGUCGAGAGCUUCCUAAAUAUGCGCGCUUUGUGGUUUUCCGAUGGGAUUUGAGGCACUGCGGCGCAUAGGGUUUAAGGAGGCGAUCAUGGCGUCGGAGGAGCUGGAUUUGGUCCAAUCGCGGAGGGCGGAGAACGGGUUGGGCUCGCGCAUGGUGUUCCACCGCGACGCCUUUCCCUUCUUCCGCGGCGACGGAGACCACGCCGGCGCGCGGAAACCGAGGGCCGUUGACGGCCCCGCGCCCGGAUUCACCGUCGUUGGCGAUAAGAUGUCCCCCAGUGAUCGAGACCCGCGAUUCUUUUCGAACCAGACCUGGGGUGCCGUGAGGGACGGGGGGUCGCCCAGCGGUGACGGAUCGGAUGGGGAAGAAGAAGACGACGGGGAGGAUAACAGCGACGACGAUGACGAGGAUGUCGAUGAGGGGGAUGGCUUGGUGUCAGUGGAGGACGGCAAUAACAAGGCUAACAACAAUAGCAGCGGCAGCGUGCAGAGUAGUUCGGAGAAGAUUCAGGACGCCAGAGCAAAAUCACAGGAGCACCAUUCGUCUUCUGGAUUGAUGAGAGGAGUGGUGGAGAAAGAUGGGAGUGAAGGAAGAGACAAUUUGGGAGUGCAGCAAUACCAGCAGGGUCGGAUGGAUAGUUACGAGAAUGCUCUUGCUGUCGUGGAUCCUGAACCAUACUACACCCAUGUCAUACAUGGGGGAGAGGGUUCAACUUCUGCCCAGAAGGAGUUGGGAGGAGAGAUUGGAUGUGGGUUCAGUGGUAGAAGAGAGGUCGGGUCAACAGCUGGUUACUGGGAGUCUUUGAGGACGCACCUCUCGGAUCCAAUAACAGGUGCUCUCAUGGACGAUGCAAUGAUAUUAUCAUGCGGACAUUCUUUUGGUAGUAGUGGAGUGCAGCAUGUUUAUAGAAUGAAAUAUUGUUGCAAAUGUGCUCAGCCAAUUUCAGAAGAUUCAGUCCGACCAAACUUGGCUCUUCGUUCUGCGGUUCAGGCUUUCUGCAGGGAAGAAGAGUCACAAUCUUUGAAAGCAUCCAAAAGAAGAAGAGAGAGGUUUGAACAAGACAAAUGUAAUUAUGAUGAUCCUUUUCCCAUGGAUUUUUCUCGGGGUAAAGGUGUUCAGUUUCCAUUUUCGGUUUCUGAUCGGGUCAUAAUCAAGGGUAACAAGAGGACACCACAACGAUUUGUUGGACGUGCCGCAAUAGUGACAACACAGUGCUUAAAUGGAUGGUAUGUGGUGAAGACAUUGGAUAAUGCGGAGAGUAUCAAACUUCAGUAUCGUUCCUUAGCAAAGGUUACAGAUGAUCAAGUAUCAAAUAUGAUCUCAGAUAAAGCUCAUGCACCAAAUUGGCUAUAAGGCCGUGAUGUACAGCGGAGGAGUGAUGCAAAACAUUGAACUGUUGCUGAGAAAUCGUAAAGCCGUUAUCUGUUUUGCUGGUGAGACACAUUUAAUGCAAGCUCCUGUGUAAGCAUGCAAGGGACCUGGAUAGGCUGGUAUGCUGUCUUUUUGGCAAGUGCUCUGUGGUUUGGGGUCCCAGUAAUAGGGUCAUUUGAAGAUGUACUCUUCUGUACCUGAAGAUUUUACCGGCAAAUCUUGUAUGAUUUGACCAUUAGAUCAAACUUUUUUGUAUCCAGCUGAUUAAUUGAAAGAAGCAACAGUAUUCAUUUUCAAAU